AUGUGGCGUGACCGCAUUUCAGGCCAGUCUACGCCAACCAAUAGCCGAAACCUCUCUCCCCUACCCCGACGAUCCUCAUCCCAGCUCCUCCCAGGUCCCUAUGGCCGGCCGGGGGUAACUUCCAAAACAUCCUCUACAUCGCUCCUCGUGACCCCGAGUGACUCAACCGCAUCCCUCCCAGGAACUGCAAGGACAGCCAAUGGCUCUCCAUUGAAGCAGACAAGCAUCCAACGACCGCGACCUGCCAAUGUUCCCGAUCCGCUGGAAGUCUUAAAUAGCAUCAUUGGGAAGGAAAACCAGACAGAGACAAAUGGGUCGCAGUUAUUGGAGCUAGAGAAGCCUGCACAGCUAGUGGAAAUUAUUCAAUUCGAUGGGCUCAGCCUUGAGGACUUUCUGACAAAGGAAGAACCCCCGAGGAAGGAGACCCGGGAUAGCGAUGUCAAUGCACAAACACUUCGGCAGUUUGAACAAGAGCGAGACAAGUUCCAGGAAUUACAUACUUCCAUCACGGGCUGUGAUGAGGUGUCCAAGUCAGUCGAGCUGUAUCUGAAUGACUUCCAGACCGAACUGGGCGCUGUAUCGGCAGAGAUCGAGACUCUGCAAUCCCGCUCUACACAGCUCAAUGCAAUGCUGGAGAACAGGCGAAAUGUGGAACGGCUUCUAGGGCCCGCCGUGGAAGAGAUCAGCAUCUCCCCUAAAGCUGUGCGGGCAAUCGCCGAGGGCCCCAUCGACGAGAAUUGGGUACGUGCUCUGAACGAGAUUGAUACUCGAACGACGAACAUUGAAGCCAAGGCAUCGUCUGCCAAUGGCUUUAAGGCAAUUGAGGAUGUGCGACCACUCUUGACUGAUGUGAAAAACAAGGCGAUCGAAAGAAUCAGAGAUUACUUGGUAUCGCAAAUUCGGGCGAUGCGAUCCCCUAACAUCAACUCACAGAUUAUCCAACAACAACGAUUGGUCAAGUUCAAAGACCUCUACAGUUAUCUCUCAAAGACUCAUCCGAAGCUGGCUGGAGAGAUCUCACAGGCAUAUAUCAAUACAAUGCGCUGGUACUACACAUCUCAUUUCACACGCUACCUUCAAGCACUCGACAAGGUCAAGGUGUACCCUCCUGACCGCAAUGAGGUGCUCGGAGGAGAUCCCUCUUCGCAUCGAACUGGAAACAUUCUACCCGGUGGCCGAGCUGGCUCUGCCUCUCAUGAUCCUUUCUCUCUAGGCAGACGAGUUGAUAUCCUCCGAACUGGCAAUUUACAAGCUCUGUCCUCAUAUCUAGCCGAAGAAGACAACACCUACCAUGGGAUUGAAGUGCCUUUCCGAAACUUCAACCUGGCCUUGGUAGACAACGUGUGUGCCGAGUAUUCUUUCCUGACGGAGUUCUUCUCCGCCAAAACCUUCCAUCAAAUCUCUCGCAAUGCGGUGGAGAUCUUCCAGCAGGUCUUUAUUCUUGGCCAGAACCUCACCAAGAGGCUGAUCGAGCAGACCACUGAUUCUCUGGGUGUCUUAAUGUGUGUUCGCCUGAACCAGCAUUCCGCCUUCGAGCUCCAGCGCCGCAAGGUGCCAGUCGCCGACUCAUAUGUGAAUGGAAUCAAUAUGCAGCUCUGGCCACGUUUCCAGGUGAUCAUGGACCACCAUGGUGAAUCGCUGAAACGCGUUGGGUCCAACACAGGACGCAGUGCUGUUUCUGCCCUUUCAAUCGCAGGCGGAGACGACCUCAAGCAGUCCUCGGCACCGCACUUCCUCACCCAGCGGUUUGGCCAGCUUCUCCAUGGAAUCCUUGUUCUUAGCAGCGAUGCCGGUGACGAUGAGCCGGUUUCCAACAGUCUUGCUCGUUUGACUGCCGAGUUUGACUCACUCUUGGCGAAACUCAGUCGCAACGGCACGGACGCCAAGCGACGAGAGCGCUUCCUCUUCAACAAUUAUUCAUUGAUUUUAACCAUCAUAAGUGAUACCCAAGGCAAAUUAGCAACUGAACAGAAGCAGCAUUUGGAAGAGAUGCUUAAGAACAGCAGCAAGCGGUAG